AUGUGCCUUGUUUAUAUCCAGCAGAUCAACAGAAAUUCCAAGAAGACAGCAAAAGUGUUAGCAAGNCACAAAGUAACCAAAGGUGGGUCAGAAGAUUGUUCGCCUUGUAUUACAAAGGCUAAGAUGGGAAUUCGGACUAUUAAUACCUUGGUGUAUCAUACACAGUUACCUCAGGGAUGUAAACCUACCAAAAUGAAUUGCCUGCAUAACAAAACCAUGUAUAGUUUAUGCACUUUACAGGGAAAAACUGUAUGCUAUAAUCCCAACACUCCAGUUCGCCUCAACGUUACUUUGUGGACAGGCUUGCCUAAGGUCGGUGCUCGGCAUAAUCCCGAAGGAGAAGGCAAGCUGUACUUCAUUAAUUAUACUGUGCAGCUGCAACAGGGGAGACAACCCUUGAUCUUGAUGUUCGACGCAUGUGCUGCUACUAGGAGGGGCUAUGGAGUGUCUUGUGGAAGUCAAGCUUGGAUUGAUACUUAUAAAGCUGAUCACAAGUACUUAUGUGAAACUUCGACUAAUUGGGACCACGGUAAUCCUAACCAAUGGUUACCUUGUGCAGGUUCCGUAAAGUUUACUGGAUGGCAAUGUGUUUGUGAUUAUACAGGAGGGGGUUUUAAGGGAUGUUCCUAUAUAACCUCCUUCCGUAAAGGAAUAGGGAAUAUGAUACAGAUGGAAAUAUCUCGUAACAUCCCAUCCAUAAUGACAUACGGCUUUGGGAUUGACGGGAAAGGAUUAGACCCAAGGACAUACUUAACUAUUAAGGUUGAGAAGGUUAAAGAUGGAGAGGUAAAAUCCCUCGGAUGGUCUGUGUAUGAUACCCUACGAAAAUUAGAAGACCCAUUACCAGUAAGUACUAAGGCAAACAAUCUAUUCAUAGAGAUGGCUGAACAAGUAGCUAAGACCUUAACUGUUAAAAAUUGCUUUGUUUGUGGAGGAACUAACAUGGGAGAACAGUGGCCCGGGGAAGCCAUGGAAGCGGAUCCAGUAAUAUACAAUAAUCUCUCUUCUGCUGGCAAUAUUACAACAAGAAAAGAUUUUACUGGAAUUGUAUGGACAUUAUCCACUAACCUGGUAGGAAGGAACUGUUUUGUUAGGAAUGGAUCUGUUCAUGUCGGAGAUUUGAUUUGUCUGGGAUCAUGGAAUCUAGAUUAUAGUAUUUGGUCUUCACCAGCCAAUAAUCCUCAACCCCAACGCUUUGAUAUGACCUAUUUGAGCUACCUGGACUCUUCUUCUAUAGAUAAGGUAUGGAAAGCACCCGAAGCUAUGUACUGGAUUUGUGGGAAAUUGGCUUAUGAAGCAUUGCCUAGAAAUUGGUCAGGAUCUUGUAUUUUAGGAUGGAUUAAACCUUCCUUCUUUCUAUUACCCAUUAGAGCCCGCCAGGUGUUGGGGGUCCCAUUGUACGAGAAGGUUGGUCUCCAGACUAGAAGGAAACGGGAACUUGAUACGGUCUUUACCAAUUUCCUUUGUAAGGAUUGGGCCGCCUUUGAAGACAGUGAUGUUUGGAGUUCGGAAAGAAUUGUGUGUACAUAUGGCAGGGCUACGUGGGCAGAAGAUGGGUCAUAUGGAUAUCGCACGCCCAUUUAUAUGUUAAAUAGAAUCAUUCGUCUCCAAGCAGUACUAGAUUUAGCAGGCCAACGUAUUGAUAAGGCCCUUAAUAUAAUAUCUGCUGCUACAGAUAAAAUAAGAACAGCAGUGUAUCAGAAUCGCUUAGCUUUAGACUAUUUGCUGGCUAAAGAAGGAGGCGUAUGUGAAUCUAGAAGAGCAUUGUUGGCAGGUGAUGGCAUACAUAAUUUUACAGGAAAAGCGUGUGAAGACAUGUCUGAUUUUGUUCAUGAAAUUGUUGGGUCCUGUGAUGGUGCAAUUGAUGUAAAUGUCGGGGAAAGUAAAGAUCUGGAUUUGUUGCCGGGAGUUGGACAUCAGGACACAGAAAAGACAAUAUCAGAACAUUUCAACUUCCCAUGGCAUUUGAUUAUAGAUUUCAAGAUAGCUGUUUUUGAAACAAUUGAACUACACCACCACUGUUGA